GCGCAUCACCUUUACGGUAGCCUCUCAGUGUUCACCAUCGGCUGUAGGAUGAGCUAAUGUGUUGAAAUGGGCAUUUCGGAUAAACGCCUAGUACUCGGUACAGUUUGCCUUUUGCUAUGUGCUGCGUGUGCAUCCAGAUCUGCAGAAGUCGAAGAAACCAGUACCUGUUCCACAGAUAACUUUCGUUGUAAUAAUGGCCGAUGCAUUCCAUUACGCUGGGUCUGUGACUACCAGAGGGACUGUGAAGAGGGUGAAGAUGAACACCAGUCCUGUGCCCCUCCUCAGUGCAAUGGCAGUCAGUUCUCCUGUGGUCAGUAUGUAUUUAAUCAGUCUUACUGCAUACCAAAGCAUUGGAAGUGCGACAACGUAGUUGACUGUGUGGAUGGAACGGAUGAAAGUGGGGAUUGUAAAUAUCGUACGUGCGAAGAAGGGGACCACAAGUGCGGCAGUGGCCUGUGUUUGCAGUCAUCCAGGAAGUGUGACGGCUAUUAUGACUGCAGGGACGAGAGUGACGAAGUGGCCUGUGCAACGAAUGGGACGUCCUGUCGGCUGAACGAGUUUAGGUGUCAGCAUGGGAACAAAUGCAUCGACGAAAACAAGAAGUGUGACCACUGGGACGACUGUGGCGACAAUUCGGACGAAGACAACUGCGAUUUUCCUCCGUGCAAUGAUGGCCAGUUUCGUUGCAGCAACGCCAUCUGCAUCCCGAUUCGAUGGCACUGCGAUGGUCACUCGGACUGCUCGGACCAGUCGGAUGAAAAGAACUGCACAUCGGUGACGUGUCCGGACACCAAGUUCCUGUGCCCUUCAGAAAAGAAGUGCAUUGACAAAGCCAAACUAUGUGAUGGAAACCCAGACUGCGAUGAUGGAGCUGAUGAGAAGAAAAACUGCUCAUCUAGCUUGUGCCCGAGCCUCUCUUGCGACUUUGGCUGCAAGGCCUCCCUGGACGGUGGUGACUGCUACUGUGCUUCAGGGAUGACAGUCAAUCCCAGGGACAAGAGGACCUGUGUUGAUUUGAACGAGUGCUCUGAAUGGGGUUACUGUGACCAACUUUGCACCAACAGUCCGGGGAGCUUCCAGUGUCUUUGUGUGCGGGGCUACACUCUUGAUCCUCCACGUCACUGCAAGGCAGAAAACAGCUCUGCAAUGCGGCUCAUGUUCACUCGGCAUAACGCUGUGUACUCGGUCAGUGCCGAUGGUUCGGAUCUGAAUGUUGUAGCAAACUCAACUUCAGCUAGCGGUCUCGACUAUCACUAUGAAAGGAACCUUCUCUUCUGGACCGAUACUGAAACCAAGAAGAUUCAUUCGGUGCGCUUGGACGGGGAAGAACAGGCACCCAUCACAGUCAUCUUUUCUUGGAACCCAGUCUCUAUGGCUGUCGACUGGGUGGGAAACAAGCUCUACGUGUGUGAUUCUCUCGGACAGAAAAUUGAUCUCCUCGAGAUGGACGGCUUCCGUCACGCCAUUGUUCUCAGUCGAAAUCUCUCCAACCCACAAGACAUUGCCUUGGAUCCUACAGUGGGAUACAUGUUCUUUAGUGAUGGGGAUCACAUUGAUCGAGCUCACAUGGAUGGAUCUCACAGGAUUACUGUUGUGACUGCCAUUUAUAAAGCUACUGGUCUCACUGUUGACUAUGUAACUAAGUUUAUGGUCUGGUGUGAUUCUCAACUGGACCAGAUUGUUGCUGUGGAUUACACGGGAAGCAACCGGAAUAUCAUUAUACGGGGAAGUACACGAGUGCCCUCUCCCAACAAGAUGACCUUGUUUGAGGACAAAGUGUACUGGACGGACGGCACUCGGCAAGGUGUCCUCAAGGCAAACAUAUUCAACAACAACGACACUGUUGACAUUGUGCACAGGGACAGGCAACUUUCCAAGGAACCUGGGGCCAUCAAGGCUUUUCAUGUUCUACGGCAGCCCAUUGUUGCCAACCCGUGCGGGGCAAACAACGGUGGAUGCCAGCACAUGUGCAUCGUCACACGAGGCUCGGGAGGAUUUGGACUGGUCGGAUAUCGCUGCGUGUGCCACAUCGGCUUUCAACUGGCAGCCAACGGCAGGGAGUGCACACGCGUUUCGACCUUCCUGCUGUACUCUCAGCAAAAAUUUGUGCGUGGCACACUCGUGAACCUCACCAGGCAAGAAGGCUUCACAGAUGCCAUGGUCCCCAUCGUGAGCAAAUCUGCUCGUUUUGUGGGCCUUGACUUUGAUGCGCGGGACAGUCUGAUAUACUACUCCGAUGUCAUCCUCGACGUCAUUUAUCGCGUCAGCAUUGACGGCUCUGGCAAAGAAAAUGUGCUUGCAUCCCAGAAUGAAGGUGUGGAAGGCUUAGCCUUGGAUUGGGUCUCCCACAACCUCUACUACAUUGACAGUCGGAAGGGAACUCUCAACGUAAUUAGUGUGAAAAACUUCCAGUAUCGAAGGACCCUCUUAAAGAACCUGAAACGUCCUCGAGCCAUCGUGGUUCACCCAAAUAAAGGCUACGUGUUCUAUUCGGAGUGGGAUAGGCCUGCCAACAUCAGCCGUGCUUACUUGGACGGCAGUAACGUAAUGGUGUUCCGUGGAGUGUUGCUGGGCUGGCCGAAUGGGCUCAGCAUUGACUUCCAGACAGACCGUCUGUAUUGGUGCGAUGCCCUUCUUGAUCAUGUACAACAUGCCAACCUGGAUGGAACUGAUGUGCAGACCAUAAACUCGCCUCGCAUCAAACACCCUUUUUCACUUGUCAUUCACGGAGAUUGGCUCUUUGUAACAGACUGGAGACUAGACGCCAUUUUGAAAAUGCAUAAGUUGACAGGAGCGGAUGAGAGGAUAGUGACCACUGUAGAAGAAGGCAGUCGUCUGUAUGGCAUCAAGGUUUACAGCAAGGAAAACCAGAAAGUGGACAGUCGACACCCAUGUCAGUACAACAAUGGAGGAUGUCAGAAGCUCUGCUUUCCAGUACCUUCCAAUGGCAGUCAGGGCCCAGAUUUGACCGUCAGUUGCGGCUGCCCAUACGGUGAGCAGUUGUCGAUGGAUGGCCGCACGUGUGUCGCAGAUCCGAGUGCAGAGCCUCCUGUACAGGCUUGUCCCAACACUUGGGACUUCACGUGCGACAACCAGCGCUGCAUUCCAAAGACGUGGGUAUGCGACGGCGAUGACGACUGCCUCGACAAUUCGGACGAGAUGAACAACUGCACACGAAAUACUUGCAGCCCACGUGAAUUCCAAUGUAGCAGCGGAAGGUGCAUUCCUUUGUCUUUCAAGUGCGACUCUGACAAUGACUGUGGUGAUUUCUCUGAUGAAACUGGAUGCACCAAUGUUACAUGUGACAACUCUGAAUUUUCGUGCGAAAACGGAAGAUGCAUUCCUCAGUCUUGGAAGUGUGACUCUGAAAAUGACUGUGGUGAUGGCUCAGAUGAGGGAGACUUUUGUAAGGAGAAGACCUGCGCUUACUACCAGUUCACGUGCCCUGGAUCUGGUCACUGUAUUCCGAGGAGCUGGGUCUGCGAUGGCGACAAUGACUGCUUUGACCAUGCUGACGAGAGCAAUUGUCCUCCAGCUGUCUGCAGCUCAGCCCAGUUUCAAUGUGCCAACAAGAAGCAGUGUAUCCAUGAGAGCUAUCGGUGUGAUGGCGUCAGCGACUGUCCUGAUAGUUCAGAUGAACAGGACUGUCCAUCAUUGGCUCCGGACCAAUGCGACCAGGAGAAGUCAUUCCAGUGUAAAAUGUCCCGUGUUUGUAUUCCCAAAUCGUGGUACUGUGACGGGAAUGCGGACUGUGAGGACAAAAGUGACGAACCUUCUUCCUGCGGGCAAGUGGAAUGCCCGCAAAAUCAUUUCAAGUGCAACAACUCAAAGUGUAUAUUCAAGUCAUGGAUUUGUGACGGAGAAGAUGACUGCGGGGACAAUUCUGAUGAGGAUCACAGGCACGCCUGCGGUGCUCCUGCAUUCCAGUGCAGUCAUGGCCAAUGGCUGUGUCCAGGCGUAACAGAGCGCUGUGUAAACAUCUCUUCUGUGUGUGAUGGAAAAACAGACUGUCCCAAUGGCGCGGACGAAGGACCCACAUGCUCGUCUGCACCCUGCAAGGACAACAAAGCUGGCUGCACGCAUGACUGUCACGUGACGCCUGUGGGGCCACUCUGUCUUUGCCCCAAGGGACAAGUACUCAAUGAUACAACCACCUGCAUUGACUUGGAUGAGUGCAAGAUGGUGGGUACCUGCAGCCAGCAUUGUAUGAACACUAAGGGAUCCUACACUUGCCUUUGCGAUAGCGGCUACCAGUUGGAGCUAAAGCACAAGUGCAAAGCCUUGAACAGGUCCGAAGCGUUCCUGGUGAUCUCCAACAGACGGUCUAUUCUCGUGGCCAAUCUGGACACCACCUUCCUGGAGCGUGUUCCCGUCAAAGUGGAGAACGUGGUGGCCACCGCGUCGGACAUGGCGACUAAUACCAUCUACUGGUCCGACAUGAGUGUCAAGAAGGUCUUCCGCCUGACCAGGGGUGGAGAGCCUCAAGUGGUAAUCUCCAGUGGAUUGGACUUGGUUGAAGGUCUCGCAAUUGACUGGGUUGCUCGCAAUUUGUAUUGGGUGGACUCUCGCUUGAAGACAAUCCAAGUGUCCACUUUGGAUGGAAAAAAUCAUAUUGUUCUGCUCAAAGAAAAUAUUAGUCAGCCGAGAGGAUUAUCGCUGGAUCCGAGAGAAGGGGUUCGUCUCAUGUUCUGGACUGACUGGGGGGAGAACCCACGAGUAGAGAGUGUGGGCUUGGAUGGCACCAUGAGGAAAACCAUUAUUCACACCAAGAUCUACUGGCCCAAUGGUCUCACCCUGGACCUGCCAAAUAAACGCGUCUAUUUUGCAGACAGUAAGCUGGACUACAUCGACUUCUGUAACUAUGACGGCUCGGGUAGGCAGCAAGUACUAGCGCACAAUCACUACCUGCUCCAUCCUCACUCUCUGACCAUCUUCGAAGACACGUUGUACUGGACGGACCGGCAACUCAACCGAGUGCUUUCCUGUCAAAAGUUUCGAGGUCACAACCAAACUGUCGUGUCCCACCUCGUGAGUCAGCCACUCGGCAUUCACAUCAACCACCCGGUCCUGCAGCCGCCUUCCAGCAACCCCUGUGCCAAAGCUCCCUGCUCUCACCUGUGCCUGUUGUCACCGUCUCGGCAGUAUUCUUGCCGCUGUCCCCCCGGCUAUACCCAGGACAGGGCGUCAGCUGCUGGCUCUUGCAUUCCAGUGGAUAGCCCAUUCCUGAUGGUCAUGAAGAGCAACCAACUCAUUGACAUGGGGCUGACUCCCAACGAAAAGUCCAUCGGACAGAUAGUGCCCGUUAUAGGCAUCGAAAAUGGGUACGACUUUGACUACGAUAAAAAAGAAGGUGUCAUUUAUUGGGUACAGCUGGAAGAAGAUGACAAGGAAAAUGGAACAAUCUUCACCGUGAGCUUGAAGGGUGGCAACGUGACGAAAUUCCUUGCUGACGGCAUCAUUGGUGCUCCGUACACGAUAUGUUUUGACUGGGUGGGCCGUAACAUGUACGUGGGCAACCGGAAGGCAUCGAACAUUGAGAUUGUGAAAGUGGAUGGCGAGCGCAAGUUUCGCCGGGUGCUCCUCGCAAAUGAUGGCACUGAAAAGGGAGUCGGGAAGCCCAAGGCCAUCGUGGUGGAUCCAGAGCAGGGAAAAUUGUUCUGGCUCGAUGAAGGAGGUGUGGGAGUUCCACGGAAAUUGGCUCGCGUCUCCAUGGACGGCAAGAACCCUAUGAUCCUUAUUCGGGAAAACUUGGGACGUUUGGAAGCACUCACCAUGGAUCUCACGGGGAAACGUGUUUAUUGGAGUCAGAGCUUCCAAGGCAUUAUUGAGAGCAUUGACCUCGAUGGUAAGGACCGCAAGACACUGGUGGACAGCAGUACCGGUCUGGCCAAGCCUCAGGGUUUGACGGUCUUUAGCAAUAAGCUUUAUUAUUUGGACUCUGUGCAUGAGAAGGUGGCUCGUGUUGACCUUCCCUCUGGUACUAAUCAAGUGGUUCUUGAGGACAACACGCCGGGACUGGUAUCUCUCAAAGUGUAUGGCAAGAAGCCUGGUGAUAGCCAUCCUUGCCGGAGCAACAAUGGAGGCUGUGAACAGCUCUGUAUUCCUGUGUCAAACAACCAAAGGCAAUGCAUGUGCAGCACAGGUUACAAGGGCAGUGGAGAUACUGUGUGUGUCCCCUAUACUUCCUUCCUGGUUGUAUCUGAACUCGAUAAGGCUCGUGGCUACAGUCUGGAGGACGAUGGCGAAGCCAUGCAACCCAUUGCUGGCUCAGGGCACAACAUUCUCCACUUGGACGUCCACAUUGCAAUGAAGCACAUCUAUUGGAUUGAAUUUAACCAGGGAGAGAGAAACGGCAUCUACCGCAUGAAGCCCGACGGGACGGAUCUCAAGCACGUGAUAUUUGACGGCAUCGGAAGCAACGGAAUCAGAGGAGUAGCCAUUGACUGGGUUGCAGGUAGCAUCUACUUCACCAACGUGUUCCCACAUGAGACAUACAUGGAAGUAUGCCAGUUGGACGGUUCCAAUCGGGUGAUCCUUCUCAAGACGACCACCGAUUCACCGCGCGAGAUCGCUGUGAACCCCGUUAAACGAUUUCUCUACUGGAUUGACCACGGCCAGUAUCCCAAGAUCGAAAAGGCCUACUUAGACGGCACCAAUCGAGUGGCCAUCGUAGUCACCGGAAUCAGCAACCCUCGGGAUCUCACCAUAGAUAUCGUAACUCACGAUGUUUAUUGGGUGGAUUCCAGAGAGGACGCCCUUCAGAAAGUAUCUUUCUCUGGAGGAAAGCGUGAGUAUGUGCGCAGGAACCUUCCUAACCCAAUGGGAGUGGCCGUGUCGGGUGAGUACGUCUACUGGGCGGACAGGAAUUUGCGCACAAUAUACAAGGCGAGCAAGUUCCAAAGCAACAACAGCGCUCCUCCUCAACCGAUCAAGUCGGAUCUCAACAUGCUACGGGACAUUGUUGUUUACGAUAGCGCCAAUCAGCCAGUAGUGUCUUCACCGUGUUCCACAAAGCCAUGUGGCCAGCUGUGCUUCUCAAUGCCCGAAUCAUUGAAUGGCACGAAAUGGAAGUGUGGCUGUGCAUCUGGCCAACUGUCUGCCGAUGGACGCACGUGCGACUUGUCCAAAGAGUACUUGGUUUUCACCACUCGCCGGGAAAUUCGAAGCCUCUUCCUGGACCCCCACAAGAUGAGUGUACCCUUCCAGGCACUGGGAAAUCUCACAAACGUUGUGGGCCUGGACUUUGACUACGCGGACAGCAGAAUGUAUUUUACUCAAAUUCGUCCCGACGGAAGCAUAUCCUGGGUGAAGCCAGACAAGAUGGAGAUCCACGUGGUCCUGAACAAGACUAUUAAUCCCGAGGGCAUAGCUUUCGACUGGACCACCAAAAAGAUCUACUGGACAGAUUCUGCCAACCGUAGUAUUUAUGCCAUGAACCGCGAUGGCAGUCAACUCGUCAUGAUCGCCCACGUGGAGAGACCUCGAGCUAUAGUGCUCGACCCCUGUCAAGGCUACAUGUAUUACACCGACUGGGGUCGCUAUGGCAAUACUGGCAAGAUCUAUCGGGCAACCAUGGCGGGAAACAACAAGGAGGCCAUUGUCGAAGAGAACUUGACUCAGCCGAGCGGUCUCUCCAUCGAUUACACGGACAGAAAGCUCUAUUGGACAGACGCGCUUCGGGAGAAAAUUGAGCGAGCUGACCUGGAUGGUAAAAAUAGAGAGACGCUUGUGUCUGCCACCAUUUAUCCCUUUGCAAUAACGGUUUUCGGAAAUUACAUUUACUGGACGGACCUACAGCUCCGCGGAGUGUAUCGUGCUGAGAAGCAUACGGGAGCCGGUAUGACUGAAAUGGUGAAACGACUGGAGGAAUCUCCACGAGACAUUCACAUCUAUUCACCCGAAAGGCAGCAGUGUGACAAAAACCCAUGUGGCUUGCACAACGGUGGCUGCUCUCACUCUUGUCACCAGGCUCCUAAUGGUACUGUCGAAUGUCUUUGUAAUGCCACAUUGAAGGUUGCCAACGAGGGAAGAAUGUGUGUCCCUGAAAAUGUGAGCUGCGACGAGUCGCGAUUUUCCUGCGGAAAUGGGAAGUGCAUCCCCCGCCUGUGGGCGUGUGAUGGCGACGACGACUGUGGCGAUAACUAUGACGAAGAUAAAGGCUUCUGUGCGCUGCAUACGUGCGGACCAACCGAGUUCAGGUGUGCCAAUGGUCGUUGCAUCUUUAAGACGUGGAAGUGUGAUCACGAGAAUGAUUGUGGCGAUGGUACGGACGAAGAGGAGUGUGAGUACCCGCCCUGCCCUGAGGGAGAAUUCACAUGCCUCAACUACCGCUGCAUACCAAAGAGCCAGCUGUGCAACGGAGUCAAUGACUGUAAAGACAACAAGACUUCAGACGAAAGCCACGACCACUGUCCCAACAAUCGUACCUGUCCAGGGAAGCAUCUGAAGUGUGAGACAACUAACAUAUGCGUGGAACCUUAUUGGCUCUGCGACGGUGAUAACGACUGUGGAGAUAACUCUGACGAGGUGGCGCUUCUGUGCUCCCAGCGGACCUGCCCUCCCAACAGCUUCAGGUGUCCAAAUCAUCGUUGCAUUCCAGCAACAUGGCACUGUGACGGGGACGACGACUGCGGCGACGGAGCCGACGAACCUGAAGACUACUGCAAGAGUGAGAAGCGCACCUGUUUUGGAGAUCUGUUUACGUGCGACAAUGGCAACUGUGUUCCACGGAUCUACAUUUGUGAUGGAGACAAUGACUGUCACGAUAACUCUGAUGAAGAUGCCCGCCAUCAGUGUGAUUCCCGCGAAUGUGAUCCGGAACGUGAAUUCAAGUGCUCGCAGAAUAAGCAGUGGGGACGUGCAACAUGCAUUCCAAAGCGAUGGGUGUGCGACGGUGACCCCGAUUGUGUUGAUGGUGCUGACGAAAGCUCUGCUGUGCACAAUUGUCCUGCACCUGAACCGUGUGAUCCCGAAAAGCAGUUCCAGUGCAAGAACCAGCGUUGCAUCAAUAAAGACUGGCUUUGCGACCAUGACAACGACUGCGGUGACGGCUCGGAUGAACCGCGCAACUGCACAUUCCGUAACUGUACUUCAGAAGAGUUCACGUGCCGCAAUGCAAAGUGCAUUCGUAAAUCUUACCACUGUGAUGGUGAGGAUGAUUGUGGUGACAGCAGCGACGAACUCGAGAAGGACUGCAAGAAAGAAGAGACAACUUGUUCGGGAGCCCAGUUCCGCUGCAAGUCUGGUCAGUGCAUUGCUUAUGAAAAGGUGUGCAACAAGCAACAAGACUGCACGGAUGGCUCUGACGAACCGUCACAUUGCCACGUUGAUGAAUGUACAAAGGUGGAGUUGAACCAGUGCGAACAUAAAUGUGUCAACACUCUGACCAGCUUUUACUGUGAAUGCAAUGAGGGCUACGAGCUCCUCAAAGACGGCAAGGCAUGUGCAGACGUGAACGAGUGCAAAGUGAAGCCAUCUGUUUGCAGCCAGUAUUGUGUUAACACGCCAGGCUCGUAUUUCUGCAAGUGCAAUCAGACCUACUACGAGAGAGAAAUGGAUGGGCACACCUGCAAGAGAAAAGACGCGAUGACCCCGUGGCUAAUUUUCAGCAACCGCUACUACCUAAGGAACACCAGUCUGGAUGGCACGCAGUACAACCUCGUGAAAAUGAACUUGCGUAACGUGGUAGCCAUUGACUUUGACAUCCGAGAGGAAAGAAUAUAUUUUGCCGACGUUGGAAACAAGACAAUCCAGAGAGUGUUUGCAAACGGAACGGGAGAAGAGGUGCUUGUUCGACACGACGUGCAUGGCUUGGAGGGAUUGGCCAUUGAUUGGAUUGGAAGGAAAAUGUACUGGUUGGACCGAACCAGCAAGCAGAUGUAUGUAACAGAAUUGGACGGAACCAGCCGCAAAACCUUGCUGCCCAAGGGGAUCUCUGACCCGAGAGCAAUAGCAGUCCACCCUGGUAUUGGCUAUCUGUAUUUUACUGACUGGGGACACCAUGCUUUUAUCGGUCGCAUUGGACUUGAUGGAACAAACUUAACGAGGAUCGUCCUGUACGACAACAAACUUGUGUGGCCAAAUGCCCUCACCAUCGACUACUUCAGUGACAAGUUGUUCUGGGCUGAUGCCCACUUGGACUACAUAGAAUUUUCUGACCUGGACGGGUCCAAUAGGCACACUGUGCUGCAGGGGCGCCAAGUGCCCCACGUGUUUGCACUGACAGUCUUCGACGAUUGGCUCUUCUGGACCGACUGGAAUAUGAAAGGCGUUUACAGAGCUCACAAACUUACGGGAGAAAACCUUCAAGUAUUGAGAAACACGUCUCAUCGGCCAUACGACAUCCACGUCUAUCAUCCCCUCCGCCAGCUUCCCUAUCCCAAUCCGUGUGGCACAAAUAAUGGUGGAUGUUCUCACUUGUGCCUGAUUUCACCUGGAGCCCAGGACUUCAGCUGUGCCUGCCCAGACAACUUCGUGCUACUGGCUGAUAAGAAAACGUGCAUUGCAAACUGCACCGAAGGUCAGUUUCGCUGUGGUGGUAAAGAUGAUGGCUGCAUCUCUGUGUUCUGGAAAUGCGACGGAGAGAAGGACUGCCGUGACGGUUCCGACGAAGUGGGAUGUCCACCAUUUUCGUGCAAGAAAGGGCAAUUUCAGUGCCACAAUAAUGCAACGUGUGUUCCAAGGAUUAAGAUUUGCGAUGGUAACAAUGAUUGUGGAGAUCGGAGCGACGAGAAGUAUUGUGGGCGUCCAUGUGGAGAACACAACUUCAAGUGCCGAAACACUGGCCGCUGUGUUCCCGUCUCUUGGCAGUGUGAUGGCGAUAACGAUUGCUCGGAUGGAUCAGACGAAGACCCAGCUGUCUGCCACCACCAAGAGUGCAGCACAGACACCCAAUUCAAAUGCAACAAUGGGAAAUGCAUUCCGAAGCUGUGGUAUUGCGAUUUUGAUGACGACUGUGGAGAUAGCUCAGACGAACCAGCUCACAAGUGCCGGAACCGCAAUUGCACGAUAGGUUGGCAGAAAUGUCCGUCGCCCAACAACUACCGCUGCAUUCCAACCUGGCUCUUCUGCGAUGGCAAAGACGACUGCCGCGACAACUCGGACGAGUCCAGUCCCGAGUAUUGCCCAAAAUGUCACGAGGCCGGAGACUUGAAAUGUCGCAACAACCGCUGUAUACCAUUGCGAUGGAGGUGUGACUUUGAGGAUGACUGUGGUGACAACUCGGACGAGGACAGUGCCAUGUGUGCUCAACUUUAUCGAGACUGUUCCGAGAGCGAGUUCCAGUGUACAAACAAAAAAUGUAUCCCGUCCAGGUGGCGCUGCGAUCAUGACAACGAUUGCGAUGAUGGAAGCGAUGAGAAAGAUUGUCUCAGCUAUGAAUGCAAGGAGGACCAGUUCAAGUGCACCAGUGGACACUGUAUUUUGAGAAAGUUGCUUUGUGACGGCAAUAAGGAUUGCCAUGAUGUUUCGGAUGAAAUGAAUUGUGCAACCCGCUACCCUGGGGGCCGCUACUGCCAAGAGAGCAUGUUUCAGUGCAACAACACGGUUUGCAUACGACCGGACUUCUUGUGUGAUGGCGACGACGACUGUGGAGAUUCUUCGGAUGAGUCUGACAACAUUUGCAAAGAGCACAAGUGUGAUGUGACCCGCAAGUUCCAGUGCACCAACAACAAGUGCAUCCACCUGUGGCAGCUGUGCAAUGGGCAGGAUGACUGUGGCGACGGCAGUGACGAGAAUAAUCACGAGCUGUGCGACAAGUUGGCUCCAUCGCCCUGUAUGGAGUUCAAGUGCACCAACGACAAGUGCAUACCACGCGAUCAGGUCUGCAAUCACCAAGAUGACUGCGGAGACCUCUCGGACGAGAAAGGCUGCCAUGAGGGGACAUGCAAUUCUGCUACCAGGGGAGGUUGCCAACAUAACUGCACAGCUGUUGGUGAAGGUUACAUUUGUACCUGUGCCUCUGGCUACAAGAUCAAGGACGACAAUCCCAAGAUGUGCGAAGAUAUCGACGAGUGUUCAGCUUUCGGUCACAACUGCUCUCAGAUCUGCGAGAAUCUGAUGGGAGACUACGGCUGCCAUUGCAGAGAAGGUUUUGAGAUGUACUAUUCGCACUGCCACGCGAAAGGUCCUGCUCCCGUAAUCCUGUAUACAAAUGGCCCAGACAUUCGAGCACUGGACAUGAAGGACGAGAUCCAAGGCAGCGUCAUUACGGGUGAAAGUCGUGUCCAGGCGCUGGACUUUGAUCCCCGAGAGAAUGUAUUAUACUGGACCGACUCUUACGAAAAGACCAUCAAACGGUCCUUCUUGCCCAACGUGACUGACUCUAGUGCAGGGGUUGGAUUUCCGCAGAACCUUGAGUUGAAAGGUCUGACCAAACCCAAUGCCAUUGCCAUUGACUGGGUUGCACGGUGCAUCUAUUGGAUGGACACAGACUUGUCGAGUGCUCGUCCGCGAGGAAGGAUCCUUGUCAGUCUCAUUGAUGGCCGCUAUCGAAGAACACUUUUCUCUUCCAACAUGGAGAGGCCGGCAUCCUUGGUGUUGGAUCCAGAAAGGGGGUGGAUGUUCUGGUCUGAUGCGGGCUCCACCCCGAAAGUGGAAAGUGCAUGGAUGGAUGGUUCCAAGCGACGUGUUCUCAUAGGAGAUAGGCUGGGCUAUCCCACUGGGCUCACCAUUGAUUAUGCUGCCGACCAUCGUAUUUACUGGUGUGAUAGCAAACUGAACACAAUUGAGUCUGUCAAGCAAGAUGGAUCUAAUCGAGUUGUCAUCGUCAGUGGAGAAGAUGUGAUGCAUCCAUUUGCAAUGGACCUGUUUGAGGACAGCAUCUUCUGGGUGACGCGAGAUUCUGGCGACAUGUACCGCCAGGACAAACAUGGCCGUGGUGUCCGUGUGCGGGUCAAGAGAAACGUCGAACAGCCAACUGGAGUGAAAAUUUUCCACCCUUUGAAGUAUAAUCUCUCAGUGGCCAACCGGUGCCCAACGUCUGCCUGCUCCCACCUGUGUCUAUUGGUGCCACAGGGCUUCCGAUGUGCUUGUCCGGAUGGAUCGGCGCUUCACAUCCUUAAUUUUGGUAGCUGCGAUGCAGGUUUUGAGGUUCCGAAGCCCCAGCCGUAUCGUUGCCCAUGUCUCAAUGGUGGUCAUUGCGAGGGCGUUCAAGAAGACAAGAUUGUUUGUCUAUGUUCCAGCGAAUUUGAAGGCAUGCACUGCGAGAACUCGAUCUCUCGAAGGCGUAUAUCCUCCCUGAGUGGGGCAGAUGGUGUCGCAGCCAUCUUGGUUCCCGUCAUCAUUGUGCUCAUCAUCAUGAUUGUGGCCGCUACCCUUUUUGUCUGCGUUCGUAGAAGGCACUUCAAGCAAAAUGGACUGGCUGGCAGCACGCAGAGCGUCUCCUUCCGCAGUGGGACCAAUGUGGAAUUUUCGCCAAACUUUAUGAGAAACCCAACUGUGGAAGCUAACAGUGGGGAACCACUGGAUGCAGACUUUAGCCUGAAUGAUGUGAAUAAACCAACAGAUUUCAGCAACCCCAUGUACGAGGCAUUAGGCAACCUAGACACGGGAGGCCCUGCAAAGGGAAGCCUCUACGAAGGGGAUGACAAAAAAUAUGACACUACUGCUCCAGCCGUUUUGCAUCCCUCAACAGUGUUGCACAGGUCGCGGCAGACGGACCCAACGACGGUGGACACAGAUAAGGAUACGCAAAAUUUAGUGGAAGAAGACAAAUCUGAAUGCUAAGGAGGGACUCUAGUAGAGCAUUCUUUUUGGGAGAGUGUACAUAGAAUGUAUAGGGAGCAAUUUUUUAAAGCUUACUUUCGAUUACCUCUACUAAGACUUUAAUUUAUGGCUCUCUCAAUAGGCUUUAUUUUGCAUACAAAUCAUCUCAUUUGGAAACAUCUUUUAAGUAUGGUGGCACAUUAGUCAAAGUGUAGUGGGGCAAAACCUAUUGCCUUGCUGGAUACACAAGAAAUGGUUGGUAUAUAAAAUACUGCCUAUCCUGCAGGAGCUACUUUUAUCUUCCAAGGUCGAAAGACUAUCAUCUCAGGUGUCUCCUUCCAUUGCUCCCACUCGUGUGAUAUUCUCUGCAUCAUUCCACAAGUUCAUUCCACUGUUGGCAGACAUGUGAUAUUAUAUACGACAAUUUCUACAAAAAUGAAGAAAUGUUAUACAAAGACAAUCGUCUGCAUUAUUUUUUUACAAAACGGCUGCUUGUACGGAAGCAUCUUCGCUGUUCCUCACAUGAAACAAUAAAAUUUAAGUAAAGCUUUUCUACUCA